AUGGGUAAUAAUAACACAUCUGCUAUCAGAGAGGAAGAUAACAUAAGUGAAACCGAGAAAAACACCCUCCUAGAGGAUGCUAGUGAAAAUGCAAAUGGGGUUUCACAAGAUGUUCAUGCAGAUGGUGUCCAGGAAGAAAAUCAGAAUAUACCAACAUCAAUAGCCAGAGAUGUUACUGAUAAAGCUUCAAAAGCUUCCAAUGAUAUAACAACUGAACUUGGAAAAGAUACACAGCAAGAAGAGGGUCAUGAAGAUGCUGUAAAAGAGAAAAUUCAAAUGAUUCCAACAGCUGAAGCCAAUGAUUCCAAGGAGAAAGCUAUAUGGUUUGGUUCUAAAAGUACAAGAAGCAUGCUUGAAAAUGAUUCAUUGGAAGGAGAUGCUCAUGCAAGUGAAGUAAAUAUGGAAAUUCAAAUGCAUCCAACAGCUGAAGCUGAAGAUGUUAAGGAGAAAGCUACAGGACUUGCUUCUGAAGAUACAACAACUGAACUUGGAAAAGUUACACUGCAAGAAGAUAGUCAUGCAGAUGAUGUGAAAGAGAAAAUUCAUAUGAUUCCAAAAGCAGAAGCCAAAGAUGUUCAGGAGAAAGCUACAAGGCUUAUUUCUAACAAUGCAGAAAGCACACUUGAAAAUGAUUCAUUGGAAGGAGAUACUCAGGAAAGUGACCUGAAUAUUGAAAAUCAAAAGCAUCCAACACUGGCUUCUGACUCUACAAGAAGUUCACUUGAAAAUGAUUCAUUGAAAGGAGAUACUCAUGAAGAUGUUGUUAAUGUAGAUCAUCGAGAGAAUCAAAAAGCUGAAGUCAAGGAUGAUCAGGAAAUUGCUGCAAUGUUGGGUUUUGAUGAUAAAACAAGUGAACAUGAAGAUAAACCUCGGGAAGAUAAGCAAGAUGGAAAUGCAGUAAUUCCUAUUACCAAUGGCACAGAUGUUCAAGGAAAAACUACCAUUGCGGCUUCUGAUGAUCCUUUGAAUUUGAUAAAUUCUUCUGGUGGUGCAGUGGAUGAAAUAACUGAAAUCAGAAAACCUGAAAAGUCUCCAAAUGCUGAAUCAGUUGAAGGUGAAGGUGAAAACUCUGAGAGCUUGUCAAGUUCUUCAUUUGAAGGCACUGAAGAAUACGAAAAGCAAGAAGAGUCAUACUUAAGAAAACAUCUAGCAGUAACAUAUAAUCAUCACCUUAAUAACGAGCCUUCAAUCAAGCAAGGUUAG